GAUGAUUCAAAACUCUGAUAUGAUGCUCGCAUCAUCUUUGAGCUGAUAUCCUCGCGUUCUCGGAAAACACACGUGAUACGCAUCGAGUUUGAUCAUGUCUGCCGACGUCGAAGAGUCAACACCCACCCAAGCCCCUGCUCCAGCAGCAACCAAAACGAAGAAGGCUUCGGCGAAUAAGGCAAAACCUGCCGUAACUGCUUCUCCAGCGAAAAAGAAGAAAAAGAAGAGCAAGGGGCCCGGAAAGUACAGCCAGCUCGUCAUUGAUGCGAUCCGCACCCUGGGCGAGAAAAACGGCUCGUCGCUUUUCAAGAUAUACAAUGAAGCGAAGAAAGUGAGCUGGUUUGAUCAGCAGAACGGUCGCGUGUAUCUGCGCUACUCCAUCCGCGCGCUCCUGCUCAACGACACGCUCGUGCAGGUGAAGGGACUGGGAGCCAACGGCUCGUUCAAGCUCAAUAAAAAGAAAUUUGAGAAAAAGCCAAAGAAGAGUGCCACCAAGGCGACCAAGACAGAAAACAGUGGGAUUCCGGAUUACGUGACCAAGAAAGUGACCGCAAAGAAGAGCGCCAAAAAGAGCCCCGUUAAAAAGAAGACCGCGAAGACGACACCCAAACCGAAGAAAGCAGCUGCCAAAAAGCCAAAAGUCGCUGCGAAGAAGGCAACAAAGGCGAAGAAAUCAAAAUAGACUUUCUUUGAAAUUGAAGAAUUAUAUAUUUUUAUAUAGCUUGUUGGAUAGAGAAUCCAGAUCUAAGGGGAUUCGUUUUUAUUUUUGAUAUAUUUUGAUAUUUCUGUUGACUUGAGGUAUGCUGUCAUUUGGGGUUUGAUGUACUAAGAAACGGAUUCUGAAUAGAGACACACCCACUUUAGUUUCUGCACUGCAAGACUUCAUGCUUUCCUGAAGUGACAUUGUUUCUUUUGCUGGUUCUAGGUUACUAGACGAAGAUGAACGCUUUGUGAAUAUAAGCUAGAACGGUGUUUUUUUUUUUUUUUUUUUUAAAUAACAUCUCAUGAGAAAUGUUACUGAACUGCAAAAAACAUGUAUGUCGAAUAAACCUCUGAAUGAUUUUUAUUAUUAUUUUUAAAUAAAAAUGACUGCACAACCUUCUUGA